UAUGAUUAAAGUGCUUUGUAUGCGUGAAUGUCUAGUUGUCAAAUAGUGUAGAAUUUAGGUAGAAGUAGUUUUUAAUAAAAACCGUAGUCAAUUUAGUUUAAAACAUUUAAAAAUGGGUUGCUGCUACAGUUUUUGCAAGGAAGACACCACAUCACAGAAUGGAGAGCCUACAGAGCAUUCUCGCUUGUUGGUUGACCCGGUCAGUAACAACACUUCCAUACAGCGAGUCCAUAGUGAUGAUUUUGAAGCGCAGUAUCCCAACUCGCUACCAAAAAAGACGGACGAACAGUCGGCUCUCAAUAGGAUCCUUCAAGAAGCAGCCACGAACGUGAUAGACGUGGCAGCGAUGGGAGCCCACAACCUAGAACAGCACGAGUAUGCGGAGAGGGUGAACCACUACAAACUGAAACUGCAAGGGGUCGCCAACCGUCACCAGGCGCCUCGGAAACAGUCCUGUCUUCUGGUAGACAUACCUCUACCAGACAAGGUGUUGGCCAUCACACCUAUAGAAGACAAGGAUAUACACCAGAUAAUGGCAGCUUGUGAAUCAGCGACGGCAGCUUUAGCCGAGCUCAAAGUCGAACAUAAAGAAGAUCUUGUUGUUCCGUUCAGAAUCCCUUGAGUUCCUUUACAAUCCCUUAUCAACAGAGUGUCUUGUAUCUAUUUUUGUAUCAAAGUUUCAUAGGGCUCGUCAGCUUCCACUAUCGCUAGCUUUACGUGUACAGUAUCAUCGUCUUGUAGUUACGAGGAAAUUAUUUUGGGAAAGAUUUUUUCUCUGUUGGCACAUAAGGCUGAAAACGGUGUAUUUUUAUAAUGUGUGAAGUAAGUGAACGUAAACCUUUUAACUGUGAAAAGAUUGAGUCUCUUUUAACGAUUGUGAAGCUGUUAAACUACCUUUUUCCUGGGUACCAAUUUUUUUAAGGCUGGAAAUUAUUAUAGUCUGUAUGGUGGAACCUGUCUCCCGAGCCUUCCGUCUACAUGGCACUUAACCCAUUGUCCAGUUCCCAGGUAGAUGGAGUCUCAGUAUACAGGUUCCAUCAUACAUACUUUAGACAGAAUUCACUGCUAGUGAAGUCCAAUAUCUAAAGGGUACAUAAAAUAGUUCAAGCACUAUCCCAAUAAAUUGAUGAUUACAUAAUUUUACUAAAAAUGUAGAUGGAUUAAAAGUUUUGUUUUAUGACAACAAAUUAUUCAAGUUUAAUUUAGGUCGUUGGAUAUUUGUAAUACUUCUCAUAAAAACCAUAUUGUAUAUUUAUUUAUUGAUUAUUGGAUAUCUACAAAAUUACCUCUCAACAUUCAAUUUUUUGUAAUAGAAGUAUUUUUAUUGCAAUUAAGUAAAUGAAACUUGUCUUUGUGUAUGUGUAAACGUUUUGAAGCAAUUAAAUCAUAUUAGGUGCCUUUGAUAGUAAAAGAUCUAUUUAAAGACGAUUACAUAAUUGAGAUCUUAACCGAGAAGUCAAUUAGGCUAUUUAAAGAAAGACCAAAUCGUCGGGAACUACAUGUUAGGAUUUUGUUCAACUUUCCUGCUGGUCGAGGAGAUUUAUUUUUUGUCUUGAUCUAGUGGCAACAUCAAUUUUAUCUACUAUAAAUCAUUUUCUUUAGAGGAAAUUGAGAUAAGGUGCAUAUUAUAGUUUUAAAUGUUAAAUUGAAAGAUUGCAUAUCAAACACUACAUCAUCUUUGUCUAUUAUUACAGUUUAUUUUGUUUUGAAAAAAUUCUAGUAAGACCUAUUUUGCUUUUGAAUUUAUAAAUUAGCCCAUAUAAAGUAGAAGUGUAUCAACAAAUUGACAAAAACUUAUAAGGUAGGCCUACUGCAUUGUUGUAUCCUACUUGCUGGAGUGAAAUAUAGCUUGUGUGAAAUAACUUUGAACAUAAAUUUAAAGUGUCAACCAGUUAAAGUAUGUCUCUAGGGAAUUUAAGGUAUAUUAUAUUGUCUAAGCAUAAAGUACAAUUUAACUUUCUUUGCUACGCCUAUACUAGAAUAUUUUGUAACUUUUCAAAUAUAUUUUAAUGUGAUUAUGUAAAUUUGUAAAUUUGUAUAAUGAUACCGGUAUGAAUUAAGUUUGGGAUUUAUUUUCCUGUAAAGUAGCGUUGCUGAUACGCAAAAUUACCAAUUGUAAAAACCUUAAACAAAAUUUGUCGGCUAAAAUGGUUUUUAAUUAUUUUAAUUGUCUGUAAUCGUGAAUAGGUAAUAGCAUACAAGAAUUUUAAGAGGAGACGUUAUGGUUGAAUUUUGCAUGGAGUUGUAAUUUUUAUUACUUUAACAUUACGUUACUGAGAAGCCAAUUGUGGGAGUAAUCAGUAAGUGGCUGUAAUUCAAGGGGUUAUGAACUACCAUAUAGGUUCAAUUUAACCCCCUGAUUUACCAUCACUCUAGUCCAUAUUGUUAUCUGUACAUAUUUAUUCCCUAGUAUUAAGCGUUUUGUAUAUUUGAUUUAAUCUCAAUAAAAUGUGAUACAUAGAACAUUCUAAA